GUUCGGCCUAAUAAUUUAUUGAACUUUCGCGGCCAAAUGGGCGUCACUGUUUCACGAAGCGAACCGGACUUGCAAUUGAACCGCUCUGUUUGUGGGUUUGUUUCGAAUCGAUCCGUGUCGUCUCCGCAAAGAUUGAGGGUUCAAAUCUUGUGUCCAACACAGUUCACCGUCAAUGGUGGAAAGCUAAGUAAUCGACCUCUCCUACCAAACCCCUCUCGCUCUCUUUGCCGGCGAUCUCCACAACAUUCACUCACUUCCAGGUUGAUUGUAGACUUGUAGUAUAUAUUUUUUUUUGCACAUGUUAGGCUGCCAUUAAAAACAUAAUUAUGACGGAUCAUCCACGAUCAACCAGUGGGGGUGGUGAUGAUAAUAUUGGGAUUCCGGAUGAUUUGCGUUGCAAGAGGUCUGAUGGGAAACAGUGGAGAUGUACUGCCAUGUCUAUGCCUGAUAAAACAGUUUGUGAGAAGCACUAUAUCCAAGCGAAGAAAAGAGCUGCAAAUUCUGCAUUGAGAGCCAGUCUAAAGAAAGCCAAGAGAAAAUCUUUGGGUGAGAGUGAUAUCUUUUUGGAGAGUAAGAGUGAUGAUAUGGAUAUGCCACUUAUUAAUGCAAAAGACGAGGAUUACCCUGUUUCAGUCUCGCGGAAAAAACACAAGGAAAAAAUACCAAAAAACAAGGUUCAUCAUUCACCUGAAACACCUUCAACGAGAAGUGAAGAUCUACAAAUUGAUGGGAUGCAAUAUGAAGACAAUGUCAGGUCAUACAAGACACCACCUCCUUAUGUCGAGCCAUCUGAAAACAAAUCACAAAAAGUCUUUGAUGCUAGUGCUAUGAUGGAAACCUCAGAUGGAAGCUCGGAUUCCUCUGACGAUACUGUUGGACAAACUUGCCAUCAGUGUCAGCGGAAUGAUAAUGACAGUAUUUUUUGGUGCCUUAGAUGUGACAGGAGAGGAUACUGUGAUAGCUGCAUCUCUACUUGGUACUCUGAUAUCCCGUUUGAAGAGAUCCGGAGGGUUUGUCCUGCAUGCCGUGGUACUUGUAAUUGCAAGGUCUGCUUACGGAGAGAUAAUUUGAUAAAGGUACGUAUACGGGAGAUACCUGUCCAGGACAAGUUGCAGUAUCUUCAUUGCCUCUUGUCGUCAGUCCUUCCUGUAGUUAAGCAGAUUCAUCAUGAACAGUGCCUUGAAGUGGAGCUGGAAAGAAAGCUUCGAGGAAAUGAGAUAGAUCUUCCCAGGACAAAAUUGAACGCAGAUGAGCAGAUGUGCUGCGAUUCUUGUAGGAUACCCAUUAUUGAUUAUCACCGGCACUGUGCGAAUUGCUCUUAUGAUCUGUGUCUUAGCUGCUGCCAAGAUCUUAGGGAAGCAUCUAUGCUUGGUAUCAAAGGAGAGGUAGAAAAUCAGAUUGCUGGGAGAACUGAUUGCAAAACAACCGUGUCAGAGCAAGUUAAACCAUCUAAACUUAGGUUGAAGUUAUUAGACAAGUUCCCCAAUUGGAAAUCCAACAGCAAUGGAAGUAUUCCGUGCCCACCAAAGGAGUACGGCGGUUGUGGUUGCCUGUCAAUGACCUUAAAACGAAUCUUUAAGAUGAAUUGGGUUGCAAAACUGGUAAAAAAUUCGGAGGAAAUGGUUAGUGGCUGUAAGGUUAAUGAUGGUGAGAGUCCACAAGAAACUGGAUUUAACUCUAGGCUCUGCCAAUAUGCACAUAGAGAGAACAGCAAUGAUAAUUUCUUGUAUUGUCCAACUUCUGAAGAUAUAAAAGUUGAAGGGGUUCGAGAUUUUAGAAAGCAUUGGCUCUGGGGUGAACCUGUUAUUGUUAAGGAGGUUUUUGAUGGCUCAUCAAUGUCAAGCUGGGAUCCCAUGGUUAUAUGGAGAGGGAUUCGAGAGACAACAGAGGAGAAAACGAAAGAUGAUAACAGAAUUGUGAAGGCUAUAGAUUGCUUAGACUGUUCUGAGGUUAAUAUUGAGCUUGGUCAGUUCAUCAAGGGAUACUCAGAGGGUCGAAUCCAUGAAAAUGGCUGGCCACAAAUGUUAAAGUUGAAGGAUUGGCCUUCUCCCAGUGCGUCUGAAGAGUUUUUGUUGUAUCAAAGACCUGACUUUAUUAGUAAACUGCCAUUGCUUGAGUACAUCCAUUCCAAGUGGGGUCUCUUGAAUGUUGCUGCGAAAUUGCCUCAUUAUUCCUUGCAAAAUGAUGUUGGCCCUAAGAUUUUUGUUUCUUAUGGGAUGUAUGAGGAACUUGGGAGAGGUGAUUCAGUGGACAAUCUCCAUUUCAGUAUGCGUGACAUGGUAUACCUUUUGGUGCAUACUUCUGAAGUAAAGCUGAAAGGUUGGCAGAGGACAAAGAUUGAGAAGUUACAAAAAGCCCUUGAGGGAGCUGAGACAAAAGAAUCACCAACAGGUCCACAUAUUAGUCUAGAUGAGGGAGGGUCACCUAAAUUAUCAGUUGGUGUACAGGAUAGACAGAAUGAUUAUGAGGCUGAGAUAGAUGCAAAUAAGGAUGAGAGAAUGGAGGAUCAAGGAAUUAAAUCUACAACUCGUGAAGAGAAAACUGUUGAUUAUGAAGACUUGAACAUGGCUAGUGGAGAUAUAUCUCAAAAUACUCAUCGAGGAGCACUUUGGGAUGUCUUUCGUCGGCAGGAUGUUCCAAAACUGAUUGAGUAUUUGAGAGUUCACUGGAAGGACAUUGGGAAGCCUGAAAAUCUACUAAAUGAGUGUGCAACACGUCCUCUAUAUAAUGCGGAAAUAUUCCUUAACAGGCAUCAUAAAAGAAAACUGAAGGAAGAAUUUGGGAUAGAGCCAUGGUCAUUUGAACAGCAUUUGGGACAAGCUGUAUUUAUCCCUGCUGGAUGUCCUUUCCAAGUGAGGAAUCUUCAGUCCACUGUACAAUUGGGGCUUGAUUUUUUAUCUCCUGAAAGUCUGGAUGAGGCUGUGAGGUUGGCUGAGGAAAUACGCAGUCUUCCAAAUGACCAUGAUGCGAAGCUUCAAAUGUUGGAGGUCGGAAAGAUCUCACUAUAUGCUGCAAGUUCAGCAAUUAAGGACGUCCAGAAGUUGGUGCUCGACCCAAAGUAAGCAAAUAGGAGCCUUACUCUGGGGCUGAGUUUGGAUCUUGGAUUUGUGGAGGAAAGGGAAAAGAGAAAUGAAGUA